AGCUAACGUUACAUCACGAUUAUAUUAUUUACAGAUCUGUGCAUUUGCGCAGGCGAUUCAUUUUGUGGCUGAAGAGUAAAAAAUGGCGAUGGACGGUGGCAUGUCCACGUCUCCAUCAGACCUAUCGUAUCACAAUGUUGGGGACUUUUACCCCAGAAAAUUCGGUUCCAAGCCGGACGUGGUGCCGUCCGGGGUGACCGAGAGGAAAGUUGGUCCCCUUGAUAAACCUGACAUGGUGGCGGUGGACGUUGUCAACAUCAACGACUCAGAUAUCCCAAUCCACAGAAAAAAGCAAGAAACUGACAUGUAUUUGAUGGGCACUAUACACCCAUUCCGGAAGACGCACAGAUCCUUCUUUGGGAAACUCUCUCAAGAAUUCCGCUUGGUGACUUCAGACAGACGGUCAUGGAGAAUCCUGGUGUUCGGGAUGCUGAAUGUUCUUUGUACUGGCUGCCUGCUGAUGUGGUGCAGCUCCACCAACAGUAUGGCCUUAACUGCAUUCACGUACCUCACCAUCUUCGAUCUCUUCAGUCUGAUCACCUGUUUGCUGAGCUCUUGGGUGGCAAUGAAGAAGCCUAGUCAGCUCUUCUCUUUUGGGUUUGAGCGGCUGGAGGUCCUAGCUGUGUUUUCCUCCACGGUGCUGGUGCAGCUGGGAGCUCUGUUCAUCCUGAAGGAGAGUGUGGAGAGAUUCGUGGAGCAGCCGGAGGUGCACACGGGUCGUCUGUUGGUGGGGACCUUUGUAGCGCUGUUCUUCAACCUGUUAACUCUGCUCUCUGUGAAGAACAAGCCCUUUGUCUAUGUCUCAGAAGCUGCCAGCACCAGUUGGCUCCAGGAGCAUGUCGCAGACCUGAGUCGAAGCCUGUGUGGGAUUAUCCCUGGUCUCAGCAGUGUCCUUCUGCCUCGUAUGAAUCCCUUUGUCUUAAUCAACGUGGCCGGAGCUCUCUCACUCUGCAUCACCUACAUGCUCAUUGAGAUCAAUAAUUACAAUGCUGUGGACACAGUUUCGGCGGUGGCCAUCGGCCUCAUGAUCUUUGGCACCAUGUAUCCUAUGAGUGUGUACAGCGGGAAGGUGCUCCUUCAGACCACUCCCUCCCAUGUCAUCGGUCAGCUUGACAAACUGCUCAGAGAGGUCUCCACUCUGGAUGGGGUCCUGGAGGUCCGUAACGAACACUUCUGGACGGUGGGCUUUGGCUCUCUGGCUGGCUCCGUCCAUGUCCGAAUACGCCGGGAUGCCAACGAGCAGAUGGUGCUGGCCCAUGUGACCAACCGCCUCUUCCCCCUCGUGUCCACGCUGACGGUUCAGAUUUUCAAGGAUGACUGGAUCCGGCCUUCCCUGAGUGUGCUCCCAGCCAGCACACUCAGCCCCUCUGACCACGGGGGCCUGUCCAGCUUUGUCCCCCCUCCCCCCAAAUCCUCUGAGGACAUGGACCGGCUCACCUCCACCCCAUCCAAACCCAGCAGCCCACCGCCAGAGUUCUCCUUCAACACCCCAGGGAGGCAUGUCCAACCCAUGGUGCUUCCCAGCACCCAGCACCAGAGGCCCUACAGCAUGGGCCUCAACUACGGAGCAUCCCCCUACACCAACAUGCUCAACCAAAACCUAGUCCGGCCGGGGAGUGGGCCGGGGAUGGGUAUGAACCCGGGAAUGGGUGUAGGGAUGCCUUCAUCACAACAAGGUUUCAGAACUGCCUUAGGUGCAGCGCCACAGCGAUUUGGAAUCAACCCUCUCCCAUCACAGUACAGCCAGUACAGACCCUGAUGUUUAGAACAUAAGGUAUAGAAGUGGGAUAUUCAGAGAGAGAAUAUAUUAUGGUAUUUAUUUUGAUGGGACCAGGACAUACAUUCUGACCUUUGGUGGAUUUUCUAUCUUUCUAUAUUUUUUGGUACUAUUCUUCAAAAAGCAAAUGAGUUUGAAAUGAACUGUAGGCAUGUGUUCUGUAUAUGAUAUGCCAGUUAACAUUUUUCUUUUGAUUGGGAAUCGUUAAUUGACUUUCGUGCUCAUAGGACUUGAAUGUUUGAUUACAUUAACUAUUAUUCCCUUGGUAAAUGGUCAUCACAAGAUGGUCAGCUCAGCCGUUCCUACCUGGAGUAAUAUUUGUAGGUAGAAAACGGUGACCUAAUGCAGGGGCAAUACAUAAUGGGGUAAUUAGACUCUUUAUUAUGUUUUGCCCCAUAACUGCUGCAUUAAAGGCAUCACUUACACUAAUGUUUCUUAAUGCCAACCUCAUUGUGAAGGAGUGGUCUGUAUCAUGUCUUUUCACCUUUAAUGGAAAACAAAAACUGUCAUUUUCCGUUUCAGUAUAGUCUGCAAUAAAUUAAACGCAAAUGUACUGUA